AAAGAAAGCAUCAGUUAAUCUGAGUCGUCUGUCGUUCGCACCUGAACUAACACAGACCACGAUGAACUCGCUGGUGGUGUUGUUUUCCGUGAUGGCGCUGGCCGCCGCCAGCCCCUCGGGCCUGCUGGCCCCCGCGCCGCUGGCGUACUCCGCGCCGGUGCUGGCCGCCGCGCCCGCCGCCAUCUCCAGCCAGUCUCGCCUCGACAUCAAGUCCUCGCCAGCCAUCGUCAGCACUUCAUACGCCGCUGCUCCUGUAGCCUACGCCGCAGCGGCUCCCAUUGCUCCCGUGGCUUACACCGCACCUGUAGCUGCCGCAGCCAUAGCGCCCGCUGCCGUCUCACACCAGUCCCGCAUUGACAUCAAGUCAUCCCCGGCUGUCGUCAGCACUUCUUACGCUGCUGCUCCCAUUGCCGCUGCGGCCCCCAUCGCAUACAGCGCUCCUAUCGCUUACUCUGCGCCAGUGGCAGCUGCGGCCAUCGCUCCCGCCGCUGUCUCCCACCAGUCCCGUGUGGACAUCAAGUCAUCUCCGGCUGUCGUUAGCACUUCCUACGCCGCCGCUCCCGUCGCCUACGCUGCUGCUGCCCCCAUCGCCUACAGCGCCCCCCUGAUCAAGACUGCAGCGAUCGCUACACCCGUCGUCGCUACUACCGGCUACGCGGCGCCCAUCGCUACUGCCGCCGUCUCGCCUGCCUUGCCCCUGGAUACCCCUGAGGUGAUCGCCGCUCGUGCCGCGCACUUCGAAGCCCACGCCCUCGCUGGGGCGCACCUGAUCAAGAAGCGCUCGGCGCCGCUGUUCGCCGCCCCGGUCGUGUCCACGUACUCCGCACCGAUCGCCUACUCCGCGCCCAUCGCUCCUGUGACGUCGUACGCCUCCUACACCCCCCUCACCUACUCCUCGCCCCUCAUCACCAAGGCCUACAGCGUGCACCCCUGGGUCAGACGAAUCAAAUCAACACAGACCACAAUGUUCAAGCUGGUGGUGUUGUUCGCUUCUGUGGCUCUGGCGGCGGCCAAGCCUGGCGUGGUGGCCCCCGUGGCCUACAGCGCGGCGGUGCCAGCCGUGAGCUCCGUGUCCCAGUACAGCAGCAGCGUGGUGCAUGGUUCCCCCGUGGUUCCCGCCGUGUACUCGUCAGCUGUUGUUCCCGCUGCGUACAGCGCUGCCGUGGUUCCCGCUGUCGCCCCCGCUGUGGUUCCCGCUUACGGCUACGGUCUGUCCCAGGCUCCGCACUCUCCCGCCGUCGUCCUGGAUGCCGUAAACGGAGUCCCCCUCGACACGCCUGAGGUGGUCGCCGCCCGCGCCGCCCACUACCAAGCGAAGGCUCUGUCUGGCCAUCACCUGGGCAAGCGAUCCGUCGCUGCUGUUGCUCCCGUGGCAUACAGCUCGUACGUGUCUCCUGUCUCCGCCGUUGCUUACUCCUCUCCCGUCGUUUCUCCUUACUCCUCUGUUGUAUCCCCUUACUCGGCGGUAGUUUCACCUGUCUCUUACUCCGCUGUAGUCCCUAAGGCUUACAGCGUCCAUCCCUGGUAAAAAUCCACUGAUAUU